AUGCCAGCUAAUUCUUCUUCCAGUCCUUCGUCCAAGGGCCACAUCCGGGAGCUCUAUCAGCGAAUCGCUGAUCUUGAAGCUGCUCUUGAAUCAGCAAAAGGGACGCAGAAUUUCACGGGCCCCAAGCGACAGCCAGUGUCAAGUCCGCAAACUCCAUCGACUUAUUCAUCCUUAUCAGUGCCAAUUCCAUCCCAGGAAGAAGACAACCUAAUCUCACGCCUUUGUGGCCGCCAGUGGAAGCUGAACAGUGACGAAGAGGGUCAAUAUAAAUUCUUCGGCCCAACCUCGAGCUUGCAUCUCACCGAAAGCGUGUCAUCCUCGCUCCUCGGCCCGUGGUGCCAAAGGAGUGUGACGGCCGACGUCAGUCCUGAUGAUCCAAUCGAUCCAGAAAUCCAGAUGCACCUUUUGGAAACUUACUGGAAAUACCAACACACCGUACUCCAAGCAUUUGACCGAGAGGAGUUCCUUGAAGGUAUGAGGACGAGACAGACCAAGUAUUUCAGCAAAGCACUCCUAUACUGCGUCUAUGCCUGUGCUGCACGAAUAUCCGACCGGCCACCAGUAAGGGCGAUGGUAAUCCCUUCCAGCGAUGACAUGGAGGACAAGGAGCCCUUUCUCGUGGCCACAGCUACAAGACUCGUUGAUCAAGAGCUCAAAAGACCCCAAAUAACAACCAUUCAAUCACUUCUACUUCUGUCUGUCAUUCAUUGUUCAUUGAGCAAGGACACCAAAGGUUGGCUUCUAGCUGGUGAUGCUUGUCGUUUAGCCAUUGACCUUGGCCUUCACAGAACUGGAGAACAGCUUGCGUCCACCAAUUUUUCCCCAAGAGAUAUGAAAGUACGCCAAAUUACCUAUUGGGGCUGCUUGGUUUUUGAUAGACUUUGGGCACUCUACCUCGGCCGCCCCUCUUGUCUCAAAUGCGAAGAUACGGAGCUCCGAAGUAGCUCUCUGACCCAAUAUGGCGCUUCAUGGGAGAAAAGAAUUGCUUUCUCGUGGGUCACUCUUCUCGUGACAGUCGGCCGCAUCUGUGACGCCUUGAACGAAGAACAAUGCGACACUGAAACCCUUCACGCUCUUGAUGAGCAGCUCCAAGACUGGUACCAAAAUCUCGACCCGGAGCUCCAGUAUUGCAAGGAAGCUCAUGCAUCGAUUCUUGUGCUUCACAUGCAAUACUAUUCUUGCAAAAUCCACUUGCAUCGCCCAACUGCAAACUUUGGAGUCAAGAUGUCGGAACUGGAUGCCCAAUGCAAUAAAUCUCGGCAGAUCUGCAUCGACAAUGCGAAAAACAUCGCCACGGCUCUGCAAGAUUAUCGCAAUAUGUACGGGAAUGCAUCCAACCUGAGCGGCGUCGCUUUACACGUCAUCGCGACCGCAUCUACAAUCUUGAUUGCUGAUAUUGCGGAAAGGCGAUCAGCGGACGUGGCAUGUCAAUUUUCGGCCCUCAAAACCUGCGUGCGAACACUCGGCGAACUGGAGAAAACAUACAUCGUUGCUCGACGAGUGCGCCGCAUCAUCCAGCUUGUCAUGCGAUUGUGUCAUUUCGAAAGCGAGUAUCUGGAUUUCCAACAGGCCAACGACGUCGGCAGGAACCCUGCCAGCCUGUUCUUCGCCGUCCAAGAUGCAGGGACUGAGAGGACUUCUUUCCAGCCCUCGGACGAUCAUACAGGACUUCCUAGCUUGUCUGCAUACAGCCCUCUAUGCAUUGACGAGUUCCUUCCGAUAUCUUCGCAGUUUGACAUCAUGUAUAGUUUAGAAUCUUUGUAA